AUGGGAAGCCUCGGCAGCCUCGGGGAGCCGCAGGGCGGGAGGCGGCGGCCGCGGUUCCUUUGUCCUAUCUCCCACGAUAGCGGCGGCGCGGACCAGAUCCGGCCCACAGCAACCGCGGCAGCGCCCUCACCAACCUCUCUCCAUCCUCACCGGUGGCGGCACCCACCUCCGAGCCCCCAGCAGCAACGCCCUUUCAACCGAAGCGACGAGGGACACGAGGUGUGGCAAGAGAAAGGGGAAAUCGCAGUUAUCAUGGGGGAAUCCGACCGGGCGCGCCACAGAGGUUUUCUGAUGGAUGGCGAUAAGGCGAAGGAAUCAACUCCGGAUUGUGCGUCCAGUGCAGCAGAGCCAAACAAGAAGCAGGAGAAGAGGAAAAGAGCCUAUGCUGAAUUGGCUGUGGUGGUCAAGGAGUCUGCAUCUGCUGAAUGGCAGCGAGAAAUUGAUGCAUUGUAUGGAUAUUACAAGGAGGUUUCUGGUCAUCAGCUGAAUCCAAAGGAGCUUUCAUGCAACACAAAUGACUCGAUUAUAGCAUGCUUGCUGGAGGGCAGUCUUUCUUGUGCCAAGUUAACAGAUGAAAUCUACAAGAGGAUGAAGUUGCAAGAUGGUGUCACUGAGUCUUUCUGCUAUGGAUAUCGAUGGUCUGGAGGAUGA